UCAACCCACCAGCGUCAGGGCGGUGGCGCCGCCGAAUCGCUGCGCCGGCGCGCAGCGCGCUCCCCCGCCGAUUGCCGGGCCGCUUCACUGAGCUUGUUCCGCAGCCUCCGCUGGGAUUUGCAACCCGGUUUCUCGCUGGCCGUUUCGAAGGAUGACCGCGGCGUCGGCGGCGUUCAUGGAGCGGGCGCUCGAGCAGGCCAAGUUCGCGCUGGACAACCUCGAGGUCCCUGUAGGAUGCGUGAUUGUUGAGGAUGGGAAGGUGAUUUCCUCUGGUAGCAACAGGACGAAUGCCACUCGAAAUGCUACCAGACACGCUGAGAUGGAGGCCAUCGAUAUCCUACUUCGGGAGUGGCAGAAGAUGGGUCUUGAUCAGGCACAGGUUGCGGAUAAAUUCGCAGGAUGCGACCUUUAUGUCACUUGUGAACCCUGUAUAAUGUGUGCAACGGCAUUGUCGAUCCUUGGAAUAAGAGAAGUAUACUUUGGUUGUGCCAAUGACAAAUUUGGAGGAUGUGGCUCAAUCAUGUCGUUGCACCAGGGUUCUACUUCAUCAGAUGAUUUGUCAGGGAGCCAACCCCCUAAACCAAAAGGUUUCAAAUGCACCGGAGGGAUCAUGGCUGGAGAGGCAGUGGCUCUUUUUAAGUGUUUCUAUGAGCAAGGAAACCCGAAUGCACCAAGGCCUCACAGACCAGUACGAAUACCUCUACAGUGACAGGUUUCUUUAGCUUGACUACAAACUUAAUGCGGAGGAUAUCAGUUCUCAGCAGCGCAGGCAUACAGACUCUGUACAAGAUACAAUGCCACCUUUUCCACUUGACUCUUUAAACAAUAUGCAUUUCUUUUCGCGAAGAAUGCCUUUGACAUAUAAUUUUAUAUUUUUAUGCUUAACCCUUAGAUAAUUGUGAAUUUGAGAGCGGAAACAGUUUCAUUCUAGUUGCUCACAGGUUGAACCAUGUCACAAAAUGUGCAACUCCUUUCAGGAGCAUGAAAAUACUAAAUUGCUUUUAUUGGUUCCGAAA